CGCGUGCGCACGCGCCCAGCGCUCCCUGCCGGGCGGCGGCCACACGUGAAGCGGCGGUGGGACCGGCCCGAGCCCGCGACCGCCCCGGAGCCGCCGUCCCCGGAGCCGCCGCCAUGAGCGGAGCGGAGCCGCUCGGCCGCGGGAUGCGCUUCGCGGAGAACCAGCUGCGGCGCCACGGCUGGCGGCGAGGGCAGGGGCUGGGGAAGCGGGAGGACGGCAUCGCCGAGGCCAUCCGGGUGAAGGUCAAGUGCGACACCGCGGGGGUGGGACACGACGCGGCAGAGCCGUUCACCUUCCACUGGUGGGACCACGUCUUCAACGAGGCGGCCGCCAACGUCGCGGUGGAGUCCGGGCAGGACGGCGUCUCCAUGAAGAGGAUUUCUGAGCAGGGCAUCAGGAUCAGCAACAAGAAGCCCCGCAAGGCCGGCAGCGCUGGCAACAUGUUGUACGGCCGCUUUGUGAAGUCAGCCACGCUCACGGCGCACGGGGAGGAGGCCACGACGUUGCCCGCUGGCUCGGGAGGCGACGAGGAGGAGGAUGAGGAGAAGCUGGACCUCUCUUCGGCCCGCAGGCUGACGGAUGAGGAGCUGAUGCGAGCGUGCGGGGGCCGCACGGCGCACAAGGGUGCCCGUCACGGCCUGACCAUGAGCGCCAAGCUGGCGCGCCUGGAGGAGCAGGAGCGAGCUUUCCUGGCCACGUACCGGCAGGAGGAGCGACAGCCCGAGGCCCCGGAGAGCAGCCCAACAGCGGACAGGCAGGAGAAAAAGAAGAAGAAGAAGAAGAAGAAAGGGAAAUCGUGCAGGGAUGAAGUUGAUCCUCAGGUGCUGCAGAGCCAGGAGCCAAGUGGAGAAGAGGAGGUGGCGGGAGAGGAGGAGAAGGUUGUGAAGAGGAAGAAGAAGAAAAAGAAGCAGGAGGAGGAGAAUGUGGACAAACAAGAGGUGGCUGAGAGGAAGAGAAAGAAGAAGAAGGACAAAGCAGAGCUGGCUGAGACAAAGAAGGACAAAGAAGAGCUGGCUGAGACAGAGGUACCUCUAGAAGACACAGAUGGGCCAGACCAGGCUGGGCACUGCCCCAGGAAAAAGAGGAAGAAGAGGAAGAGGGAGGCAGAGUGAGCGAGGGCCGGGGCCGCUGUGCUGCUGAGCUGCCGGCACCGUCUGCCUGGGAGGGUCCAGAUCCUGCGCGCCGGUGCUGGUGGGCACCCAGGGGUGCUCCAGGCUCUUCCCAGGUGGAGCACAGCACCGUGCUGGGGCUGGUUCAUCUGGAGCUGGAUCGAGCUUUUAUUUCACCCCGUGAGCCUUCCUCCCAUCAGGGGUGGCCCCAGAUCCCAGCAGACCCAGGGACCUGUUUGUUGUGGGUCAGUCGCAGGACACAAGGGGACAGAUCUCGCAGAGCACUGACAUAUUUUUUUCAAGGGCAUCAAUAAAUCUUUAUUGCAGCAAAA